AUAGAGACAGAGGGACAAGGCACUGACUCACACUCCAAACCCACUGCAGAUACCCAAGGAGCUUGAGAUUUGGCAUCCAGAUUUGGGUCAUCAUCGCUAAUUCACUGAUUUUCAUUAUUCAGUUCUUCACUUGUGACGGGAAAAAUGGCUCCUAUAGUGUGCUGUGACCACUGAUGUCUGCAGAAGAGUUUGCUCCAUGUUUUGUUUCUUAGGUACUGUUUCUGUUAAACUUCAGGAGUUUAUUACUGUGUGACUUUUUAAUCUCCCAGCUGUGCCUUCUACCGGAAUACCGUCACUCCUUCUUUGGACUGUCUCGACCGCCUUCACCAAUGCUGGCUGAACCGUGUGGAGCCACGGCGAUGGGGUCGGAUGUUCGAGAUCUGAAUCUCUUACCUCCAGCACCUCCUGUGCCAUCCUUACCAGGAGUUGGUGGUGGCCAGUGGACCCAACUGCUGGACCUCCACCCUGGCUCUCCCUACAGUUCCCUGCCCUCCCACCACUCCCUCAUCAAGCAGGAACCAGGUUGGGGUACCACCGAUCCAAUAGAGGACCCUCACUGUGGACUCGGGGCCUUCACAGUGCACUUCUCAGGCCAGUUUACAGGCUCAGGCCCCUGUCGAGUUGGGGCCUUCGGAGAGCCAACGGCAGGUCAACCAAGGAUGUUUCCCAAUGGAACCUACCUGCCCAGCUGUAUGGACAGUCCUCCUGCUCCCAGGAACCAGGCUUAUGGAGCGGUGGGUUUAGACAGCAACCAAAGUUAUGGUCACACUCCGUCUCACCACACCCCUCAGCUCUCCAGCCUGUCUUUCAAACAUGAGGACACAAUGUCACCGCCAAACAACAUAGUUGACCAGCAGUACCCUGCUCCUCCUCCCAUGUUUGGUUGCCACAAUCCUUCAGAAUCCUGUCCGAGCAGCCAAGCUCUGCUGCUGAGAAACAGUGAAAACCUGUACCAAAUGGCAUCUCAGCUGGACUGUGUAACAUGGAACCAAAUGAACAGCCUGGCAUCUUCCAUGAAGAGUGAGGACACUUUGACUGGACCGCACUUCUUCGAGGACUUGGUUUUAGAUGGCCAUACAACCAGCUACGACAGUGACCCCACAGUCCCGCCUCCGCCCAUGCUCGUCAGUGCCCAGUACCACAUACACACACACGGUGUCUUCAGAGGACUUCAGGAUGUUCGACGGGUAGCUGCCAUUGCCCCACCAGUUGUGAAAGAGGCCAAUGAAAAGCGUCCAUUUGUGUGUGCUUACCCUGGCUGCAGCAAGAGAUACUUCAAACUGUCACAUCUGCAGAUGCACGGCCGCAAACACACAGGUCAGAUGAUGUGA